AGCUGCUCCGAGAGCUCCGAAGAAUAGAAUUAGAACCCUGGCACAUUCCUUUGCUUGGCUGCCUUUCAUCCCGUUCAGAUCAACAACAACAGUACAAUCACUACUUAUAAUCGAGCGCCCAAAUAAAGAGAACUCUAAGUAAUAACGGCAGUGAUAAGAAACAUAUUUAGUAUUAAACAGGCCCCCCCCCCUCCCAAAAUUACAACUACAACAGCAGUCGUAACACCAUCACCUAAUAAUAAGUAAAAGCUGCCAUCCCAGCCCAUCGUGUUAUCAGUGGAGAGUACGCAAGCAGUGUGUAACUGUGUAUAGUGCAGUGCAUACUCGGUCACGAUUUCUCCCGACUCGUAUCAGGGGCCUUAUCCUCUAAACGUGUUGGCAGGCGAUAUAGCCAAUACACAGCUAAAGGAGCUUGCUGAUUGGUCGAAAUUGACUGUGUUGGCCUGGUGUCAGUUGUGUGUUGUGUCACCCACCGACACACUUAGAGGAUAGGGCCCCAGUUGCCGUUGAGCGCGAGGACGGUGACGAGCUCUCCUCAAUUCUCUAUUGUGUGCAGUGUGCUUAUUUCUUGUCUGCUGGAGACAGCAGUCAACGAAUUGUUCCGAUCGUGCGGGCAGUUUUCCCUGCCUCCAUCAGGAUAAAGCUUCUUCGGCACUUAUCGGUGCAAGAAGAGGAUCAGCAGCAGCAAUCAUUUCCGCCACCGCCUUGCGUAGUCGUGUCACAAUUCGUCAAUUCCUCCGCAUCAUACCAUCGAUUUUCCACAACUUCAGGAUGCCUAGAGAAUUAACGCUCGAGGAUCUGCCGACUUUAAGGUCUGCGAACGUUCACAUCAAGGACGAGGCGACGGUCCUUAACAAGAUCAACAAAAUCGUCAGGGAUGGUGCAAAUAAACUACAGCUGGUGACGGACUUCGAUCUCACGUUGACAAAGCAACACGAAAAUGGAGUGCCGAUUUUGAGCAGUUUCGGCAUAUUUAGAAAAUGUAAACAGUUACCUGAAUUUUACAAGUCUGAGACAAAAGUGAUGUAUCAAAAAUACAGAGCCAUUGAAAUAGAUCCAAAUAUUCCACUAGAGGAAAAAGUCAACGCAAUGAACGAUUGGAAUAUGUCGGCACACAAAAUGCUUCAAGGAAUUCCGUUUGACAAGAAAGAAAUAGAGGAAGUCACUGAUAGAUACGGCCAUUCACUGCGAGACAGGACAAAAGAAUUAUUUACCAAAUUAAAUGCUCUUGGUAUUCCCAUACUCGUAUUCAGUGCAGGUCUUGGUGACGUUGUUAGAACACAAUUGAGGCACCAAGAAGUGUAUAUGAAUAACGUUAACAUUAUUUCAAAUUUCUUGAAGUUCAAUGGAAGUAUGCUAGAAGGUUUUGAGAAUCCGCAAAGGUUAAUUCACGUGUUUAACAAAAAUGAACACGCUGUUGAAAAUGAGUACUUUAGAAUCAUCCAAGGACGUGUCAAUGUUGUUCUAAUGGGCGAUACAUUAGGUGAUGCCACAAUGGCUGAUGGAGUAAAAGAUACUGAAACUAUUCUUAGGAUUGGAUUUCUGUACGAUCAAGCAGAAGAAUGUUUACCGUCUUACAAGGAGGCUUUUGACAUUGUAUUAGUGGACGACCAAACUAUGAACGUAGUCUUGGAUGUUUUAAGCUCUCUUUUCUAACGCACUUUAACACCUAAUAUUAAUCUAAAUUCUAGGAUCUUUAAUCAUCCAAAAUCAUACUUUUGGAUUGUCUGUACAUUUGCUAGUUUUCAUGUUGUUAAUUUCGUGCUUAAAAUGAUCUUGUAAAUUUUUGCAUUUACAAGUGAAUGCAUCUGUGAUUCUUUUAUUAGUAAAUGAAUCAAAGUUAAGUUUGAAAGAAAAGGUGAAAACCGUCAGAGGUACAAAACGUCACCUUAGUUGAUUGGUGCAUUAAUAAAAAAAAAAAAAAAAUUAUUUGCUUUAAAGAAACUUUCGAUAUCAUUGCACUUGAAAAGAUAUCUUUGAGGCUUCUUUACUUUAAUUAAUCGAAUAUAUAUGUAUACAUAUGUCGUAUUCUGUUAGACGCACAUAUAAUUUGUGUCACAAACGCUGGUCGUAUAUAACUUUGAUUAAGAGAGCACAUCGAUUGUUGCAGAAAGUUAAGUCUCUCACUUUGAUUUUUCGUUGUAUAAGUAUAUUAAAAAAAACGUCUCGAUAAUCGUUUUAUUAUUUUUAAAUAGUUUAUUAACGAAUUAUUUACGUGAGAUUGAGUUAUUCACUUUCGAUGUGCGAAUUUUGUUUUUUAUUGAUCACAAUGAAACUCUUGGCCCAUGUAUACCAUGAAUUAGCAAAUAAAUUAUUGAUAUCGCAAUACGCGCAAAUACACAAUCGUUAUGUACCAAACGAAACAUUAUUUUACCAUAGCAACAACACUUGAAAUCGUUAUUAAUUUUGAACUUAAGAAUUCCUGCUUGUGAAAUUUCUACACUAUUAACCACUGACACUUUGAGCCAAUGAGUUGUAAAAACUCUAUUGUUUAUAAAUAUUAUUUACUAAUGCGUACACAAAAUGACACAUACAAAAUACUGUUCUAUAUAUAUAAAAAAAAAAAAAAAAAAAAAAAAAAAAAAAAUUGUAGCCUGUGUAGUCUAAAUUAUAAAGCGAAAUAAUAAUAUAUUUUUUAUUACUUACUUUUGAAAUAACUUGUUUGUGUAUUACUUGUAACAAUGCAACAUUCACGUGACCGAAAUAUUCUGCUUGGUACUUUAAACUUUAUUUAUACCUAGAAGAUUAAUUAGAUGUACAGGGAAUUUUUAAUCACUUGGAAGUUUAUAGCAUUUUUACAUUUUUAAACCUUAACUUGUUGCUUUUGUACAUAAAGUUAUAAUAGUAAAAUCAAACAAACUUAAACUAAUUAUUGAUCAAAAUAAAUAUUUGUCAAAAAAAA